ACUGGGGAACUUCAAGAGGCUGUGUGCUUCCGUCUUCAUAUCUGUUACCGUAUUUGUAACAAGAAUUUACAGAGUAUACUCUUUGUAAUUGUUCAAGGGCAAACUGGGAUCUUAGAAUGUCCCGCCAUGAAGGUGUGAGCUGUGAUUCAUGCAUGAAGGGCAACUUCCGUGGUAAAAGAUACAAGUGCUUAAUUUGUUAUGAUUAUGAUUUAUGCUCAACCUGCUAUGAUGCUGGAGCCACUACCACACGGCAUACGACAGACCAUCCCAUGCAGUGUAUACUUACCAGAGCAGAUUUUGAUAUAUUUUACGGAGGAGAAGCAUUAACUGCAGAGCAACCCCAGUCCUAUACUUGCCCCCACUGUUCCAGGAUGGGUUUCUCAGAGUCGAGCCUACAUGAUCAUGUCACAGCAGAUCAUUCUGACACAACCACAGAAGUGGUGUGCCCUAUUUGUGCUUCAUUGCCCGGAGGAGACCCAAACCAUGUGACUGACGACUUCAUGUCUCAUCUAACUGUUGAGCAUAGGACGCCCAGGGAUUUUGAUGAGCCCCCUGGUCUGCGCCAUGUGCGACGCAUCCCGCAUCCUAGUCGAGGCGUGGGUGGUUCAAGGGCUCGACGUGCAAACAUGCAGCAUUUCGGUUCAGGGGGGUCAGCCCUGACAGGUCUUUCACCAAGUAGUAGGGAAAAUAUGGAUCCUAUAGCAGAGCUACUUUCACAGUUGUCUAGUGUCCGUAACCGCAAUGCCCAAGCACAGAGUGUAUCUUCCCAGUUACACCAGCUGGAGAUGCAGUUGCAGUCUACCAGACAACAGUUGGAACGUUUACCGCGAAGACAGGCAGAGCCUAGCAAACCACCAGCCUCUAACAACACAGUUCCCUCUCAGCCAGAGCCCACCAGUCUGCCUGUGGCAGUCACCAAAACAGAUUCUCAGUUUCUUCUUUCAAAAUUGUGUGCCGAAAAUGUUGGUUCAGAGUUGAGUGGGAACACAGGUGAAAAUGAUGUGUCACGGAGAAAUGUUUUUGUUCAAGAGUUGCUGCUUGCCACUUUGACGGAGCAGCUCAGCUUGGUCAUAGAUGGAGAUGGAGAGGACUCUAGUUCCAUAUUAGAGUCUCUACGGUCUCCAGAGUCUGAAGGGGAGCAGGGAGCAGCAGCGCCAUCAGUCCAGAAAGAGAACAGAAGUACACACGAUUCACAUUGUAAACCUCGCAGCAGUCGGACGGCCGAAAGUGCUGCGGGUGGUGCCACAGAGAAGUCGCCAGUUGGUGUUGGGGCCAGAUCUGUUACUGCUGGUGCUUACAGGGAGAGCUCUUGGGGUCACGGGGGAAGUAGUAGCGCUGCUUCAUCAGGCAACCCCCGGCAAGUGUGUAGUCCUAUCACUGUUCCAAACACAGUCGCUGUGCAUGGCCCCAACCUGGGCCAGCCGGGCGUUGGUGUGAUGCAAGGGAGGGCCUCCUCUGCCUCCCACACCGGGAGGGAACGAGGUUUGAAUCCUGCCUCUGCGAAAAGAAGCAUGCUCAAGCACAUGCCACCUCAGCGAGGAGCCUCUGAUACCGACCCUCCGCCUCACUAACCUUUUCAUUAUUGAGGGCGUUAAGAACUUUUGAUACUUUGUUCUAGCAACACACCAUAGGCUUAGAGAUUCAGUUCUGCCAUUGCAUUGCUGUUUAAUCCCAAAAAGAGUAUCAAGAACAUUCAUUUACUAUUUCAUUUAAAGAAUUUCUCCCAUCCCUUUCUCCUCCAUUCCUGCACACCUGCCUAUGGUUGGUUGUAUGUUCACUUUAUACUUAUCAAAGGUACAAAGGGUUUUAAAUCCUGGCGAAAUCGAUGUCAUUAGUGAACAUGACACACAUCCCAGUAACUGGUAAUUAUUUCUCUUGAUGUUUGUCCUCUUUAUUUGUGAAUAUAUUGUUUGAAGUGAAAGCUAGUGUUGACUAUCUCCCUGUAAGUGUAUAUAAUGAUCUUCAGCUUUGACUUUUGGCUGUUUGUCUCAAUCUAAUUGAGGUGCAUAUGUGGGGGGAAAAACAGCUAGUUGAUAAAUGUUUGUGAUGAUGUAGCUAUCAUUCAACUGUGAUAUUGUGACUGUGCUGUUCCGCUUCCCUCUCUGUUAAUUGCGAGUUAAGAAAAAAAGAAAGAACAUUCUUGAUGCCAUGUGUAAGUGGUCACCUUGGUCAACUCCUUGCAGUGUCAUUGGCUCCUUUUGUGCUUUCCCCCUUUCUCUUUUUGUUUUUUGUUUUUGGGUAGUGGUCAAUAGGUCAUUUUUUAUAUAUCUUUCUGUUCUUUUGUCUCAGUGAGAUGAAACACUAGGCUGUUUUAGGUUUAACAGAAAGUCUGUAAACUCUUGUGCUGUGAGACCACUGUUAAGUUGUUCACUUUGAAGAGUCAGUUUGCUGACACAGUGGUGUUUUUGCCGUUUAUCCCAGUGCCUUUGUUUCUAUUUGGCCCGAGGAACUAAGUGAAUAUACUGGAUUCUACUUUGCCUGUCAAGCUAUUGCAUUAAUUUUCUGGAUUCACUUAUAGCACUUUAUAGUUUACCAAAAUAAUGUCCUUUUCUUUUUUUCUCAUUAUCUUUGACUUAGAGGAUUUGUAUGAGUAGGUGCUUCAUUUUUUGUUGUCCAACAAUCCCAUUUUCAUUGAUAUUGGAGGAUAUUUAACUGAACUAUGACCAGUAUGUCACAAAGAGGAAUUCUCAAUAAAUUUCGAUCAAAGUAAUAGAUGAUGGAAAAUCAUAGUACAGUAAUAGAUGAUUGUCCUUGAAAGCCCUUUUUCUUUGUGGAUCACGUCUUACUGUGGGAAAGAAUUGUAUUUGAUUCCUGUGUCCUCGGAUGCUGGGUGUAGAAAGUUGCAUCCGCAAAUGUGGAACUCGGGCUUUGAGUGAAUUUAUUCAGUUAAAUAGGGUUGUCUGUGUUGUCUUUUGUAGUUAUAGCAUGUUCUGAUCAGCUUCCAUGGAUAGCGACUUGCAGCUUGUUGAUAUAUCAUGAACUGACAACAUAUUUCACUGUGUAUUAUUAGGGGAUUGUUGUAACUACUGGAAUGUAGUGGUAGGCUAUUUAGGAUUCUCCACUAAUCUUUGGCUGGAGAAUGCUUACUUUGAUUUAAACUUUAAACCCUGAAGCUGAGAUACUGUGAAAAGUCACCCAGGGACAGCUCUAAAUAAAUUGACCGCACAAGGAUAGCUCAACAAUAAUGGACCUAAGACCCGUGACGCUUAGGGUUUUGAAUACCAAGGCUACACAAGUUAUUUAAUUUUUCUGUUGCUCAUCUCCAUUUGUCUGUUGCAAAGAUGAGAUUCCACAUAUCUUAUGUUAUCCAAACUGCGAUCCAUUUCCUUCUGUUUGCUUUCGUUUCUCUUUCAAGCGAAGUUUUAGUCAAGUUGUUUUCUGGCUCAUACACCCUGUUAUCUUUUGUGUGUGUAAAUAUAUUACUCAUUAUUAAUUAAGCCUAACUGUGCUUUUUCCGGACUCUUUAAGGUAUUGUUUUUUAUUUUUGAAACAGAUGUUAAUUUCACUGAAUCCUCAAAAGUUGAAAGUGAUACAUGUAAAUAGUGAACUAUGACAAAGACAUACUGGGUUUUGUUGUUCUUUUUUUUGUGGACAUGAUGCAACAUUAUCUUCACUGGAGAAUGUUCUUUGAAAUACAGAACAGUUAACAAAGAGCAUAUCUUAAAAAAUUAUCCAUGUAAGUUUCCAGUGUUUUGAAUGCUAGUGUGAGAGGCAGACGUACAGGAAGAAUGGCUGCAACCUUGCUGAUUCAUGAAUAAAUUGUGUACACUUGAA